GAGAAUCUGGAGAACGAUGCUCUUCUCGCCACUGACGCCGGAGCAGCUCCUCAGCGCGCGUGCAGCUUGAAACGAGCGGGACUCGUGGCCGUACCCUUGGCGUGCGCUGUGCUAGCGGCCACCGUCUGGGCAUCGUCCACACCUACGCUGAGGGCUGCAAAAGACCUGCUGGAACCAGAAUACAACAUGCCAGAGGAGGUGGAUGACCUGGAUGCUAUCACCAUUGAGGCAUCCGACCCGAAUGAUUUCCUGACUGGAGGUCACGCUUAUUCCGCGCUGCCAGUAAAUGAUGCCAAGGCGAAGAGUGGACGAUGCAUCCUUUGCAACCCGAACGAGUGCACACUGGACUACUCUGGAAAAGGAUCUUGGACCAGUUGCCCUGUUCAUGCGCCUUACUUCUCAGAGGCUCAUUGCAAAUGUGUCAAAUCCAAUGUUUGCCAAGAUGCCUCGCCGGUCCUCUCUACAUGCCGUGUUUGCCCCAACUGCGCCAACAAGCCUUGUGCCAUCGGCGGAAAAAGUUAUCGAUGCCCGCAGCAAACGCCGUACUAUAUGGCCAGCAAGAAGCUUUGUUCCAACCAGUGUCAGCCACCUCCUGGCCCUGCUCCACCACCGUACAUGCCUUGGCUGGCGACCACGCCACCGCCAUCAAUUGCGCAUACCGAUAUAGCGCCUCCGCCGACGCCGGGUAAGACGGAUUGGGCUGCAACGACGGCACCAUCAGCGGAGUGUAAACAGGAGACCGGAGGUCAGUGCAGUUGGUUCGGGUGCAGUUCAAGUCGAAAGGCCACGUGCAAGAGCGGAAAGUGUAUUUGUGACACAAGCAAAGGCUUGUGUGCAAAGAACGGCAAGUGUGUCAAGGCAUCAAUCCCCAGCUCCGUGACAAGCCCACCAAGCUCCGCAUCGACAUGCAAGAGUGGCGACACAGGCGUUUCCUGCCGAUGGGCGGACUGCGACAAAAAACUUGGCAAAACCGUGUGUGAUGGCAUGGUUCAUGGGAUGGGCAGCUACAAAUGCAAGUGCAAGCUCCACUACUGCUACGACACGACCUUGAAGAAGUGCGUCAAGUCCACCUGA